GACCCUGCUCUGGUUCGCAAGAUUGACUGGAGGAUCAUUCCCACCCUCUUGCUUGCAUACUUCCUGCAAUUUUUGGACAAGGUGGCUGUCAAUUACGCGAACGUCAUGGGUCUGCAAAAAGAUCUCAACAUGCAGGGUCAGGACUUUUCGUGGACAGCAACAGCGUUCUUCAUCGGCUACAUUGUCGCAGAAUGGCCUCAAGGAAUACUUCUCCAUCGCUUCUCUGUGUCAAAAGUCCUGGGAUGCAACAUAUUUAUAUGGGGUAUUAUCCUUUGCUGUUCAGCCGCAUGUCACAACACAGCUUCAAUUAUAGCUGUCCGUACCCUGUUGGGCAUGUGCGAGGCUGUCAUUGCUCCGGCUCUGAUUGUGAUCACCUCGCAGUGGUAUGUCAAGGCCGAGGCACCGCUCCGGUAUGGCAUCUGGUAUUGUGGUUUGGGAGCGGGCCAGAUUGUUGGGGGUCUCAUCAGUUUCGGAGCACAGCAUAGCUCCUCAACGUUUGCAAGCUGGCGGGUGAUGUUCGUCUGCGUUGGGAUAGUCAACAUCCUCGUGGCGUUACUAAUUCUCCUUACUCUCCCUGAUGGUCCUCAAAAAGCGAGUUUCUUGAGCCAAGAGGAGAAAGAAAGCAUUAAAAAGCGACUCGAGAUGGACAGUGCGGGAAACGAGCCAACGAAGUUUUGUCUUCACUCUUUCAGAGAAUUGCUUCUAGAUCCACAAACAUGGCUUCUGGUCUUGCUGACACUUUGCAUAACGAUCCCGAGCGGUGUAAUCACUACCUUCUCGGCUGUCUUGAUCCACAGCUUUGGGUUUGACUCAAGGCAAAGUGCACUUCUCAACAUGCCAUCUGGGGCUGUGAGCAUCUUUGCAACGAUGUUAUCAACUUGGGCAAUUGUGAAGCAGGCACCCAGGUGGCUGUCCAUCGUAGGUCUCUUGAUACCUGCUCUGAUUGGUGGUGCUCUGCUUUCUUUUGAGGGCAUCGAUCGUUCAGCUGGGUCUCUCGCUGGUAUCUAUUUGGUCAACUUUAUUGUGGCUCCGUUGGCUAUCAUAUAUAACUGGGUUGGCGCUAAUUACAACGGCCACACGCAGAAAGUGACCGCAAGUGCGGUGAUUUCU